UUCUCCACCUACAGACGAGGACUGAAUCCCCCCCACAGAGUCAAGUCCAUCUCCAUGACAACUUUUACACAACAGGAAAUCGAGUACUUACAGAAACACGGCAAUGAGGUCUGUAAACGGAUCUGGCUCAGCCUCUAUGAUGACAGAACCACCUCAGUACCAGACUUCAGAGAACCGCAGAAGGUCAAGGAGUUUCUUCAAGAGAAAUACGAGAAAAAGAGAUGGCACGUUCCUCCAGAGCAGGCGAAGCCCGCGGCCCCCGUCCACGCUUCCAUCUCCGGCUCCUCCAACAACAGCAGCACCAGCAGCACCCCCGAGGUCAGACCCCUCAAAUCCCUGCUGGGGGAGUCUGCCCCCUCCCUGCACCUCAACAAGAACACCCCCCCUAACCAGUCUCCAGUGGUGAGCCGUGGACAGAGCCAGCAGCAGCAGCAGCCGUUCCAUGACAAGAGGUUCGACCUCCUCAGUGAACUGGGAGGAGACAUCUUCGCUGCCCCGCCCAACAUGAAUGCCGGAGCCAGCUCCAGUUUUGCUAACUUUGCACAUUUCAACAGCCACACAACUGCACAGAGUGCCAACGCAAAUGCAAACUUUGCUAAUUUUGAUGCGUUCGGGAGCACCUCUGGGUCCUCAGGUGGCUUCCCCUCAGCACCUCAAGCCCAAUUCCAACCCUCAAAUACAGGUAGAGCAAGCUCCCUUCACCGGACACAUUGCACACAUCCAAACCACUCUUACAAUAAGACAUUCGCUUGUGUUAUGAAACGCAUGCAUGUAUUUGAGAAUAUAGAUCUAGGCUCAACACAAGGCCAUGUUUUCUGUCAUUUCAUGUCAUGUUUCCAUCUGUGUUUUACUUGUUGUGAUGCAUACCAUCUGCUCCCCUAACCUUUCCAUACUCUGUGCUGUUCAUUCAUCUGGUGUCACACUCACAUGUUAAAGUGUUCUGAGCACUCCACUGCAGACAGAUU